UGUGAAAAUAUUUUCAAAAUUUCUAGACUUUGAAUACAAUUAUAUUUUGUUUUUAAUCUUUUAGAUCAGGGUUCAGCAAACCUUUCUGUAAAAGACCAGAGAGUAAAUAUUUCAGGUUUUGUAGACCAUAUAGUUCCUAUCACAACUAUUCAGCCUUGCUAUUGUAGCAUGAAAGUGCCAUAACAAAUGAGCAUCAUUGUGUUCUAAUAAAACUUUAUUUACAAAAGUAGGUGGUAGGCCGGAUGCAGUGGCUCACGCCUGUAAUUCCAGCACUUUGGGAGGCCAAGGCGGGCAGAUCACGAGGUCAGGAGAUCGAGACCAUCCUGGCUAAAACAGUGAAACCCCAUCUCUACUAAAAAUAUAAAAAAAUUAGCUGGGUGUGGUGGUGGGCGCCUGUAGUCCCAGCUACUUGGGAGGCUGAGGCAGGAGAAUGGCGUGAACCUGGGAGGCGGAGCUUGCGGUUAGCCGAGAUCAAGCCACUGCACUCCAGCCUGGGCGACAAAGCAAAACUCCAUCUCAAAAAAAAAAAAAAAAAAAAAAAGAAGAAGCAGGUGGUAGGACACAUUUGGUCCAUAGGCUAUAGUUUGCCAACUCCCACUUUAGAUUAUUUAUAAUGAGAGAACCUCCACUUCUAGUCAUGAGGGACAACUAGAUUUAUCAUCUCACUUUGAACAACUAGAAUACUGAGUAAAAUAUAUGAAAAAUGGUUUUUAGACAUUGGAUAACACACAGCAUAAGAUAAUGAUCCUUGAGAGAAAGGAAAGAAAUACAGUAAGCCCUACAAUUGCUCCAGCUUAAUGCUGGAUAGAAAAUUGGCAGGCUGCAGCACAAAGAGGAGGAAACUCCAACAGACCAGUGUUCUCAAUGAGUUGAUAUGUCAUAGUUUGGAGUUCAGGGAGGCAGCAAAAUAUUGGAGAAGAUAUUGCUGCACAGAGGGAAAUUGGGGAAGAAUGAAUGAGAGCUACGAAGAUCUGUAAAAAUGUCUUCAGGAGUCUUUAGCUAAUGUGUGGUUUGUGUAUGUAUGUAAAAGAGUUACCCGAUUAGGAAAAGAACACCCAGAAAGGAGCAGGCAGUACAGGCUGUCCCCAGUGCUAACACAGGGCUGGGGAUAUUUCAUGUUUCCAGCAGCCAGAGGGCAAAAAUCUCCAAAUUCAGAGAGCAUUAAGUAGAGUCCUCAAAAGACUAUAUUCUUGGUUGCAAAGGCAUUGCCCUAAAUUAUAAAGUCUGCUUCACUCAUGCUAACAAAGCCAAUGUCAGAGGAAUCCAAUUCCAAGUAACUCAACUAUACCCUAAAACAAAGUUCAACUGUACGUAAAGGACUUAACAAAUCCAACUCCCAUUAAAGUAAAAUUUACAAUGCUCAGAAUCCACUCAAAAGUUACCAAACAUGCAAAAGACAUAGGAAAAUAGGACCCAUAAAGAGUAGAAAUAUAAUUGACAAGACCAGACUCAGAAAUGACACAAAUGAUAGAAUUAUCAGAAAAGGAGAUAAAACACCUACUAUAAAUGUACUCCAUAUGCUCAAGAAUGUAGAGGAAAAGAUGAAUGUGAUGAGGAAAGAAAUGUAGAUAUGAAAAAGAAACAAAUUCAACUUCUAUAAAUGAAAGUAUAAUAUCUGAAGUGAUAAAUAUACUGGAUGGGAUUAACUGUAGAUAAGAUACUACCAAAGGAAAUACCAAUAAGCUUGAAGGCAGACUUAGAAACUGUUAGAAAUAAGACAGAGGAAAAGACUAAAAAGUAAAUGAGCAAAGCUUCAGGGAACUGUGUGAUAAUAUUAAACAGUCAAACACAUCUAGAGAUGUAGUCCCAGAAGAGAUUAGGAAGGAGGGAAUGGUAAUAGAAAAAUGUUAAAAGAAAUAAAGUCUGAAACUUUUUCAAAUUUGAUGAAAAUGAUAAAAUCAUGGAUUCACAAAGCUCAAAAAAAACCUUGUAAAAAAGACAAGAAGAAAAUCACACCAAAGCACAUUAUUAUCAAAUUUCUAGAAAAUAGUGAUAGUAAAUCUUAAAAGCUGCCAGAGAAAAAGAAGAAACAUUAUGCACAGAGGAAUAAAAUUAAGAAUGACCACAGUCUUCUCUUCAGAAAUUAUGCAAGCCAGAAUAGAGUAGAGCAACAUCUUUACAAUUCUUAAAGAAAAACUAUAUCAACUUAGAAUUCUAUACCCAGCAAAAAUAUAUUUCAAAAAGAAGACACAAUACUUUUUCAGACAGACAAAAGCCAAGAGAGUUUAUUUCCAGGGGACGUGUAAUAUAAGAAAUAUUAGUGAAAGUAGUGUAAAGAAUGAGAGAGAGGAAAUAUAAGGAUACUGUUAUAAUAUCCCUACACUGUACUUUAAGUGGAUUGUAAUAUUAUUUGAAGGUAAACUGUAAUAUGUUAAAUAAAGAUGUAUAUUUUUAAUCCUAGAGAAACUGCUAUGAAAACAAAAAGUAAAACAAAGUGGUAUUACUAACAAGCCAAUAAUGGAGAUAAAAUGGGCAAUAGAAAACAACAACAAAAAUUCAAUCCAAAAGAAGGAAGGAAAAGCUUAAAAGUGAGAAAAAGAACAUAUGGGCAGUUAGAAAACAAAUAAUAAAGUGGUAGAUAUAAACUGAGCCAUACUGAAAAUUACGUUAAAUUUAAUGACCUAAACACUCUAAUAAAGCAAAGAUUGUCAGACAGAAUAAAAUACAAGGUCCAACUAUACGCUCUGUACAAGAAACUCACUUUAAUAUAAUAACAUGAAUAAGUUAAAUUAAAAGAUGCAAUAAAAGACAUAUUAUGCUAACACUAAUUAAAAAAACAGAAAUGAUUAUCAGAGAAAGUUGAUUUAGGAGUAAGGAAUAAUGCAAAGGAUACAGGGGAACAUUUUAAAAUAAAGGGGUCAAUUCAUCAAGACGACAUAAUAAUCCUAAAUAUGAUGCACCUAAUACUAAAGUUCUAAAAUAUAUAAGGCAAAAACUGAUAGAACUGAAAUGGGAGAUAGGCAAAUCUAAAAUUAUACUAGGGAUUUCAGCUCUUCUGUCUUGAUAGUUGAUAGAACAAAUAGACCAUCAGAAAGGAUACAGAAAAUUUCAAACACUUUCAAUCAGCUUAACCUAUUUGACAUUUAUAAAACAGUCCAACCAACAAAAGUAGAACAUUAUUAUUUCAAGUUCACAAGGAACUGCCACCAAGAUAAACCAUAUUCUAAGCCAUAAAAUAAGUCUCAAUAAAUUUAAAAUACAUUCUUUAACCACAACAGAUUCAAAUAUGAAAUCAGUAACAGAAAGGCAUCUGGAAAAUCCCUGAUCAUUUGGAAAUUAAACAACAUUUAGAUCAUUUUUGUCAAUUGAAUGAAAAUGAUGAGAAAGCCUUAUAGAUCAGAGCUCGUUGUUAUUAGACGGAGUCACUUCUGAUAUUCUUAAUUUAUUUUUAUAUUGUUUUCCCGAAGCUCAGCAUUAAAUAUUUAAAGAUUUUUUGAGACUAGUCAAAAUUCUACUUUCCAGAUAGAUUGAGCAUAAUGUUAUGAAACAAGUGUUAUUCCUUUCGUAUAUUAUAUAUUAUCAUAUGUCUUUUCUCUCUCUUUCUCUUUCUCUCUCUCUCUCUCUCUCUCUCAGAUAGGGAGGGAAAAGACCCUCUGUGGAGCAUGCUGACUGAGUUUAUUUCAACUUAUUAAUACUAGACUAAGUGACCAAACAUACAGCUGAGCUGGUAUAUAAUGAGACCAUACAUGUUUACAGAGUGCCUGUUUUUGACAUUUAGGGAUUCACCCAGCUGCCUGCAGAGAAAUGAUUAAAGAUAAGACUCAACAUCUUGUAUUACUUUGUGUAGAACAUAUUAAUUUAUUCCAAGUCAACACAUAUUUAUUAAGCAACUACUAUAGUUGUUUAGACAGCAAAGAAAUCAGUAAUCAGUGUUUAUUUCACACUCUGAAGAGACUUUUAAUCAUGUAAGUACAUAGUCAAGUAUAAGACAGAACAAGAAAGGUGUCUUAAAUAAGGUAGGUACAAAGUGUUGUGGGGAUCCAGAAGAUUAUGGCUCCUUGGGGGAGAUCUGGGCCUUAAAGGACAAGUAGUCUUUAGUCCUUGCACAGAAAGGUUCUUGAGGUAAAGGAGGCAACAGUUGAUGUUUCAGAGAAAGCAUCAUCAAUAAACACACACACACACAAGUGCCAGCUGUAUUAAGGGAAUACUAAAUCACUUACUUUAUCUGGAGUUCAGAUUCCUUCACACUAUAUUUAGAGCAACAGUGGGAUAAGAUUGGAAAGGUAUACUGGGGGCUUAUUCAAGAGGAACUUAGAAUAUGGAACUGGGUAUUUGUAAUUCAAAGGACAUUAUUAAUGUAGAGAUGUUCACAUUAGUUUACCAGAGCUAUCACUAUUCUAGGGAAUAUACGCUAACCAAAUGCCCCCAAUCUCUCUUCACAUAUAAUUUUGUCAUCUACAAUGGAUAUAUAUCAUUUAAUUAUAUGGCUGUACCAACAUAUAUGUAAUCAUUCACCUGUCGUUGAACCUAUAGGUUGUUUCUAAUAUUCUGCUUUGCAAUAAUAUUAUAACACUCUCCUUUUGCUAAUUUUUUUUGCAUUGCUUCUAUAGGCUAGAAUCUUAGAUAUUAAACUGAUAGGAUAAGAUAUAAAAUAAUUUAAGAUUGCUGAUAUAUGUUUUAAAAUUAAUUUGCUCAAGCAUUUGUGACAAUUUACAGUUCUAAUUGAGGUUUUAAAUUUAGUAUUUUGUAGGUAUUUUAAGUUUUGCCCCUGAAUUCUUUAUAGGUGCUGAUAAGCCUUUGUUAAGUUUUACUCCAUGAAAGACUAUUACUGAAAAAAACUUAAUCUCAAUAAAAGAACUUUAAUAAGCUUGACUAAAUAUUUAGAAAGCACAUUGUGUUCAGUGAAACUUUGUAUAUAAUGAAUAGAAUAAUAAAAGAUUAUAUUGGAUGACUAGUCUGUAAUUGCCUCAAGGAAAGCAUACAAUGAAUAAGUUAUUUUGGUACUUCCUCAAAAUAGCCAACACAAUAGGGAAAUGGAGAAAAUGUACUCUGAACACCAUGAAAAGGGAACCUGAAAAUCUGAUGUGUAAACUUGGAGAAAUGACAUUAGAAAACGAAAGCAACAAAAGAGAACACUCUCCAAAAUAAUCUGAGAUGCAUGAAAGGCAAACAUUCGCUAGAGCUGGAAUUUCCCUAAGUCUAUGCAGGGAUAAGUAGCAUAUUUGACCUUCACCAUGAUUAUCAAGCACUUCUUUGGAAUUGUGUUGGUGCUGCUGGCCUCUACCACUAUCUUCUCUCUAGAUUUGAAACUGAUUAUCUUCCAGCAAAGACAAGUGAAUCAAGAAAGUUUAAAACUCUUGAAUAAGUUGCAAACCUUGUCAAUUCAGCAGUGUCUACCACACAGGAAAAACUUUCUGCUUCCUCAGAAGUCUUUGAGUCCUCAGCAGUACCAAAAAGGACACACUCUGGCCAUUCUCCAUGAGAUGCUUCAGCAGAUCUUCAGCCUCUUCAGGGCAAAUAUUUCUCUGGAUGGUUGGGAGGAAAACCACAUGGAGAAAUUCCUCAUUCAACUUCAUCAACAGCUAGAAUACCUAGAAGCACUCAUGGGACUGGAAGCAGAGAAGCUAAGUGGUACUUUGGGUAGUGAUAACCUUAGAUUACAAGUUAAAAUGUACUUCCGAAGGAUCCAUGAUUACCUGGAAAACCAGGACGACAGCACCUGUGCCUGGGCCAUUGUCCAAGUAGAAAUCAGCCGAUGUCUGUUCUUUGUGUUCAGUCUCACAGAAAAACUGAGCAAACAAGGAAGACCCUUGAACGACAUGAAGCAAGAGCUUACUACAGAGUUUAGAAGCCCAAGGUAGGUGGAGGGACUAGAGGACUUCUCCAGACAUGAUUAUUUCUGUUCUUCAUAGAGUGGAAUUUAUAGUACAAUCACAUUGUUUUGAUUUUGUGUAUAUAUAUAUUUAUCUGUGUUUUAAGAUUGUGCAUAUUGACCACAAUUGUUUUUAUUUUGUAAUGUGGCUUUAUGUAGUCUAUCCAUUUUAAAUUGUUUGUAUGUCAAAAUAAAUUCAUUAAUAUGGUUGAUUCUUCAAAUGGGUGUAUUUUCAUACAGGCUGGCUGGGUAGAUACAAUAAAAUAUGCCACUAAUGUAAAAAUACUUUCCUUAACAUAGAACUCCAUUGCAAUGAUUUGCUUAUUUGCCAGAAAUUGCUAGAGACAAUGAGAAGUACUGGGAAUAAUUUGCAUUUUAAGAUUUGAAAAUAUUAUUACACAGUGAAUAUUUACAUUACAGGAGACACAAUAGAAAUAUGGUGAAAGGACAUGAACAGUUUGCAGAGAAAAAAAACUACAUUAAAAGAGGUUCAGUCUCACUCAUGAUAAUAGAAAUACAAAUUAAAUAGCAUGCAUGCCAUUUAUAGUACAACCACUAUGGAGGCAAUUAGGUGAUAUCUAUGAAAAUUACAGAUGCAUGUAGCCUUUCAUCUAUAAAUUCUAGGCCUGGAAAUGUGUCCUAUAAAAAUACUUGCCCACAGCUGGGCGUGGUGGCUCAGGCCUGUAAUCCUAGCACUUUGGGAGGCUGAGGAGGGUGGAUCACAAGGUCAGGAGUUCGAGACCAGCCUGGCCAAUAUGGUGAAACCCUGUCUCUACUAAAAAUACAAAAAUUAGCCGGGCAUGGUGGCGGGCACCUGUAGUCCCAGCUACUUGGAAGGCUGAGGCAAGAGAAUCACCUGAACCUGGGAGGUGGAGGUUGCAGUGAGCCGAGAUCAUGCCACUGCACUCCAGCCUGGGCAACAGAGUGAGACUCUAUCUCAAAACAAAACAAAACAAAACAACAACAACAACAACAAAAACUUGCCCACGUGUGAAAUAACUUACAAACAAUAUUAUUCUCUGCAGCACUAUUAGUAAUACCAAAAGACAAGAAACCAUCUCGAUUUUCCUAAUUAGAGACAGUUGAGGCAUAUUCAUAUAAAGGAACACUAUUCAGCUGGAGAAACAAAUGAGACGGUAUUUCUUUUUAAAAAGUUGAAAAUAGGCAAGAUACAGAGCAGUGUACAUAAAAUGCUACAUUUGGGGUGAAAAUGUUAAAUAAAACUUAUGUUUGUCCUUACUGUGUAUAAAUAAAGAAUAAGAAAUAAAUUACAAUGAUUACCUGUAUUUAGGAGAAGAAGGAAGAGUGAAGAAGGAGAUUAGGGUGGGAGAGAUUUUAUAGCUCCUUUAAAAAUUUUUAUAUUAAAUUGUGUGAAUAUUACAAAUUAAGAUAAUAAUUUAAAAUGUAUCUAACGAGUCACAGUUAUCAGAAAUAUGCAUGAGGGAGUCUGGCUGGUGAAGGUCAAAAGGAACAGGAGACUGAGUUAGCCUGCCCCUGGUUGGGAUGUCUGCUUGGAGGAGGGCUGGAGAGAAGCACACCCGUGCCAAGGGAGAGCGUUCCUGCUCCUGGGAGAUGCCAGUGAUGGAGGGAUUCCAGCUCUUCUAGCCAGGAACUCCCAGAAGUCACCACGGAACAAUGUGGGGGCAGAGAAACUAAAGUUGAGGCUUGGUGGCUAUCCCACUUUCGUCCACUGUAAGCAGCAGAGCCACAGCCCAAAACUCUGAUGCUAGUUCUACUACCAUGUGUCAUGUUCUACGUCAGAUGCAUUGCGUAAUUGGAGGUAAAAGUCAGUAGUAAAUGUAAAAACUUAGGAACGAAGCAUACUCCAGUUCAGUUUAAUUAAUGCAAAUGAGUAAUGGCUGCUACUUUAGACUUGGUUUAAAAGGGAAGAGUAGGAACCGAAUAGGAUCCUGAAAGUGAGACAGUCACCUGCAAUAGUGAAGAAGGGUAAGGAAGCAGAGGCUGUCAAUCAGAAGCAAGUCUUUGCUGACUUCACAUUGCAGCCAGGGGUUGAUCUGUUUACCUUCAAAUUCACACAAAGGUAGUGAAGUGGAGGAAGGAGAAAUACCACAAGGAACUGCAAAUAUAAGUUACUUUUCUUCUCAUGGUCUAGAAAAUUUUUUGUUGUUCUUUAAACCAGGAAGUUUUUAGAACCAAAUCCUUCAUUUAACACAUUAUCCAAUUUUCAAAUUGACCUUACAAAGUGCCUUCUGUAAUUAUUUUUUUCUCAAGUGAGAACAAGACUGUAAAGGUGAAAUAACAUGCUCAAAGUAAUGUAGCAAGCCACAGAGCUUGCAGAUACCAGAGCAAAGAUCUUAUCCCAAGUCAGCCUGACUCAAAAGUCUGCACUGUGUUGUUGACAACUCAAACCUGAAUAGCAUUGUGAAAUAUCACUGCAAAAUAAUAAUAAUAAUAAUAAUUUUCUCCUAGCUUUCUUUAUUCAAGUUUACAAUGGUCUCUGAAGUCUUGAAUUAAAGAAAAGAUAUUUUCCUUUCUCUUGACAUUGCUUCCUUAAGAACUGAGAACAGAAUGGAGGAACUGUCAAAUGGAAACGUUUAGAAAAUAAUGCUCAUAUUUAGAAGUUUAAACUAAUACUUUAUAUACUAAUGUUUUCCCAAACAUUUAGGUUUAUUAAGUUGAUAUCCUGUUGUAUAACCACCUCAAUGCCUAGCACAAAAUAAAAAAUUGUUACUUUUAAAUAUGUGUGCCCUUUUAAAACUCCAAAACCAGAGUUCUAAACUUGGGAAUAUUGGGAAGGAGAGACGUAUUAAAAGAUUGGACUCCUGGCUUAGUAGCACAUGGAAAGGCUUGGAGUAUGGGUAGGUUCAUUUGUAUUUGCAGGCUGAGUUAUAUUUUUGUUACAUCUAUAUGUAUUGAGCUAAACAAAUCAUUAAAUCCAAAAGCAGGUUACAAAAUAAUAAUAAUAACAGCAUCAUCAUAUUUUCUACAAAUAAAACAUUCAUGAAAAGUAUAUGAAAAGAAAUGCAUGAAAAUGUUCAUAGUACUACUGUCUUUGGGAUAGAAUUUACAUGUACUUAAACUUUUUGGAUUAAAUAUUUCUCCCAUGAAUAAGGAUUCCUUUUAGAACCAGGAAAAAAAAUAAAAUUAUUAUAUUUUUGAAAUUAAAAAAAAGAACAGGCUGGGUGCAGUAGCCCAUGCCUGUAAUCCCAGCACUUCGGGAGGCCAAGGCAGGCAGAUUGCUUGAGCCCAGGAGUGUGAGGUCAGCCUAAGCAACAUGGUGAGAUCCCAUCUCUACUUUAAAAAUUAAAAACAACUCUUGUAAAGGGCACCUGCUGUAAGUUAAGUCCCACCUCUAACAUGAAUCAGAAUCACCUGGAGGAUUUGUUAAAACCCUGAUUGCAUGGUCCCAUCCCACUGUUUCUGAUUCAAUAGGUCUGUGGUAUGGCCUGAGUAAUUCCAUUUCUAACAGUUCUCACAUGAUGCUGUUGCUGCUGGUCUUGUGACUACACGUAGUAAGCCAUACCCCUACUUCUUGAUAGCCUUGGUAAGUUUUUAAGAGAUGAAGGCAUAGUUUUUUUAAGGCUACUGAUCUCAUAUUUCUUAUGACAUCUGGAGAAAAGUGAGCACCCUAGAUAGGAGUUAGUUGAUGAAGAUAUAUUUUUUUUCUAUCACUGCCUUUUCACAGCAGCAAAUCAGGCAUUUUCCUUAUUAAAGAAGCUGUAUGUAGCAACUGUCAUAUCCUAGGUGCACCCCAUGACAAUAUCUGCCUUUUAAGGAAAAUGGACUAAAGCAAGUUUUGUUUUGUUUUGUUUUCUCUAAGGUUUCUGGUCCUCAUACCGUGUGGUUGAGUGAAAUCAAAACUUCCACGAUAGCAAUGCUGAUUGGACAAAGAAUGUGUUGUGGACACAAAACCAAACUCUGGAGGACAGAGGAUUCAUUCCAAGGGUCUGCUUGUAUUCAAUGACUGGUCUACGUGGGGGUGUGAAGUCCCCUUACUCCACCUGUGAAGAGUCAUCCCAGUUUCAGACCCCCCUCCCCAGCCUCCUGUUAUUGGCUAAGGCCAUUUUGUGACUACACUGCAGACGGAGUUUCACUCUUGUUGCCCAGGCUGGAGUGCAAUGGCAUGAUCAUGGCUUACUGCAACCUCCGCCUCCUGGGUUCAAGCGAAUUUCCUGCGUCAGCCUGUGGUGUAGCUGGGAUUACAGGUGCCUGUCACCACUCCCAGCUAAUUUUUGUAUUUUUAGUAGAGACAGGGUUUCACCAUGUUAGCCAGGAUGGUCCUGAACUCCUGACCUCAGGUGAUCCACACACCUCAGCCUCCCAAAGUGCUGAGAUUACAGGUGUGAGCCACCGUGCCGGGCCAACCCCACUCUUAUGAUGUAUCUUUCCUCCCAGUCAGCCAGGGUUGAUGGUUGGUUAUAUCUUCAACUGCCAGGUAAUACAGAAACCAUUAGCACCAUCUUGAGCAGUUCUAAAAGGAUCUGUUUUUUGCUCAGCUUAUUAAAAAAACUUAAUAUUAUGAAAAUAUUAGAACAGUACAUGCCAAUGGCACAAAUGGCUCAAUUUUACAAUUUUAUAAAAUAUAACACUCUUCCCAUUAUUCUAGUCAAAAGGCCACUCAUUUUUUGUCCAAAAUAGGUGGCCACUAGCUAUUAAUAAAGAUUUGGUGGCAAUUUUCUUCAUUUCUUUGGAUUUUAUACAUGAAGCAUUAUGAGUAGGCAGAAGAUAGCCAGCAUGUAGUAAGUGUUUAGAGGUAAGUAGCUAGGGUUACGUAGUAAGUAUGCAGGAAGGGACCAUAACACAAUAACCGUCCUAUGAAUUUUGCCUUCAAUGCAAAAAGAAUCCAGUUUCUUAGAGGUGUGAAAAGCUGUUCAGUCAAUUUAGGUAGAGAUGUUUAUCUCUUGGAAAGGAUGAAGUGAGGUUUAAAUAGAACAAAGGACAGGAUUCCGUUGACUAAUAAAUCAUGUAACUUUAGUCUACAUAAGAGAGGUAAGCAUACAUUGUUUUAGUGAAAUUUAUUCCAAGUUAUGUUUCAAUAUAAGCCUUACACAAAAUAAAAUAUAGAUCCUUGGAGAAAAUUUAAUUACUCUAAGUAAUUAACUCUAAGAUGAACAAUGCAGUUACCAAUCUGUAUGAAAACAUUUGGGAUCAAAGUGAAUUUAUUUUGAAAGCACUGAGAAAUGAAUUCUUAGCUGGUGUAUUAUUCAGUGUAUCAGAUCUUUUUAAAAAAGUAAUAGUUCCUAAUCCACUCUCAUUACUUUAGACGGAGGAAUGAGUAUCCGAGAAAGAGGCUAGAUGAAAUUGGAAAGAAAUAAGCAUAUUUCCGGACUCAAUGGUGGGAUUUGAGGAGACAUACUUUGAAGGACCCAUUUGUGCCUAGUAGAGGGGGAAAAGAAAGAUAAUACAGUCUGUGGAUGGGAUAGAGAUCAGGAGCAGAAAUAACUAAAAUAAUAAAAAUGUACCUGAAAUGCC